ACAGAAACGUAGUCGUCCUGGUUAUUUACUCGUUAGUUUCUUUCUGUGGAUGAGUGAUUAUUUGCUAACAAGAGUGCUUCCAGCCAGCCACACCAUGGUGAACAUCACCUCAGCUGCGGGCAUCAUUUGCCUGCUGGACGAACCUGUUUCCGACCUUAAAGUAUUCGCCCUCAACAAGCUCAACAUGAUAGUGGACGAGUUCUGGCCGGAAAUCUCGGAAGCGGCCGAAAAGAUUGAAAUGCUGCACGAGGACAAGGGCUUCUCGCACCACGAGCUGGCGGCGCUGGUUGCGUCGAAAGUGUACUAUCACCUCGGUUCGUUUGAAGAUUCCCUCACGUAUGCGCUCGGUGCGGGAGAUCUGUUCGAUGUGAAUGCACGCAGCGAGUACGUGGACACGAUCAUUGCCAAGUGCAUCGAUCACUACACCCAGCUGCGGGUGGCCAUGGUGGAGGCGCAAGAAGCGAAUCGCGAACCGAAACCUAUCGACACCCGGCUGGAAGCGAUCGUUAAUCGUAUGAUUCAACGCUGCCUCGAGGACGGCCAGUACAAGCAAGCGCUCGGGAUCGCACUGGAAACCCGCCGGAUGGAUAUUGUGGAAUCGUCGAUCAUGAAGGCGGACGAUGUGCCCGGUAUGCUGGCGUAUGCGUUCCAGGUGACGAUGAGCUUCAUCCAGAACCGUGGCUUCCGCAAUACGGUGCUCCGGUGUCUGGUGGGUCUGUACCGCAAUGCCGGCGUUCCGGACUUCGUCAACAUGUGCCAAUGUUUGAUUUUCCUUGAGGAUCCACUGGCGGUGGCCGAGGUGCUCGACGGUCUUACAAAGGACGGCGAUUCGGCGGUCUUGAUGGCGUACCAAAUUGCCUUCGAUCUGUACGAAUCGGCCACUCAACAGUACCUUGGCCAGGUGCUGCAAGCCCUCAAGGCGACGGCCCCGAUUCCCUCGGCUCUGAUUUCGAACUUCAAACCCCAAGGCACCACGGGCACUGGUUCGGCGGUGGAAGUGAAACAGGAACCGAAAGACGAAGAGGAGCAGCCCCUGAUCGAGACGAAAGUGGAACGCACUCUGGACAGUUUGAACGAAGCGGAAAAGGUGCAUCAGAAGAACAUCGAGAAACUGGCAAGCAUUCUCUCCGGCGAAGUGUCGAUCGAGCUGCAACUUCAGUUCCUGAUUCGGAGUAACCACGCCGAUCUGCAGAUCCUGCGGGCCACCAAGGAAGCAGUGCGCGUUUCAAUCUGCCAUACGGCCACCGUUAUCGCGAACGCCUUCAUGCACAGUGGCACCACGAGCGAUCAGUUUUUGCGUGACAAUCUCGAGUGGUUGGCUCGCGCCACGAACUGGGCCAAACUAACGGCGACGGCUUCGCUCGGCGUAAUCCACCGUGGACACGAGACGGACUCGUUGGCCCUGAUGCAAAGCUAUCUACCGAAGGAGAGCGGCCCUAGUUCGGGAUACUCCGAAGGCGGCGGUCUGUACGCGCUCGGCCUUAUUCACGCCAACCAUGGGGCAAACAUCAUCGACUAUCUUCUGCAACAGCUGAAGGAUGCGCAGAAUGAAAACGUCCGACACGGAGGAUGCCUGGGGUUGGGACUGGCCGCGAUGGGAACGCACCGGCAGGAUGUGUACGAGCAGCUGAAGUUUAACCUUUACCAGGACGAUGCGGUUACGGGUGAGGCAGCCGGCAUUGCGAUGGGAAUGCUGAUGCUGGGCUCGAAGCACGCGCAAGCGAUCGAAGACAUGGUUUCGUACGCGCAGGAGACGCAACACGAAAAGAUUCUGCGUGGCCUGGCGGUAGGCAUAUCGCUGACGAUGUAUGCUCGUCUGGAGGAAGCGGAUGCGCUGGUGGCCUCACUGUCGAACGACAAGGAUCCGGUGCUGCGUCGCAGUGGCAUGUACACCCUCGCGAUGGCAUACUGUGGAACGGGCCACAAUCAGGCCAUCCGCAAGUUGCUGCACGUGGCAGUGAGCGAUGUGAACGAUGACGUACGUCGUGCCGCCGUAACGGCCAUCGGAUUCAUACUGUUCCGUUCGCCGGAACAGUGCCCUUCGGUUGUGUCGCUGCUCGCCGAAUCCUACAAUCCGCACGUUCGUUACGGAGCCGCGAUGGCGUUGGGCAUAGCAUGUGCUGGAACCGGGUCGCGCGAAGCAAUUGCCCUACUCGAACCGAUGGCAAAGUUCGAUCCGGUUAAUUUUGUCCGCCAAGGUGCACUGAUCGCAUCGGCAAUGAUACUGAUCCAGCAGACCGAUCAAACCUGCCCGAAGGUAACAUUCUUCCGCCAGCUGUACACGCAAGUGAUCACCAACAAGCACGAGGACGUGAUGGCAAAGUACGGUGCGAUCCUGGCGCAAGGUAUCAUCGAUGCCGGUGGCCGUAAUGUGACCGUAAGUCUACAGUCCCGUACGGGCCACACGAACCUUCAGGCCGUGGUGGGAAUGCUGGUGUUCACCCAGUACUGGUACUGGUUCCCGUUGGCGCACUGUUUGUCGCUCGCCUUCACACCCACCUGUCUGAUUGCGCUCAACUCCGAUCUGAAGAUGCCGAAGAUUGAUUUGAAGUCGGCGGCCAGACCUUCGCUGUACGCCUAUCCGGCACCGCUCGAGGAGAAGAAACGUGAGGAACGUGAAAAGGUGACUACGGCCGUUCUGUCGAUCGCGGCCCGUGCCAAGCGUCGCGAGGGAGACAAGAAGAAGGACACUGCCUCUGCUUCCGCUGCUUCCCCGAGCGGAUCCACCAGUGAGAGCAAGAUGGAGGUAGAUGAGGACACUGCUACGAGUGCUACGAAGGACGAAAAACCGAAGGAGGACACGAAAACUCCAAGCCCUGCAAAGGAAGAGACCAAGAAGAAAGAUAAAACGGUUGCAGCUGCAUCACCAGCACCGGCAGGCGAGGAGGUGACCGCAGCAGCAUCGGCCACUGAUAAAACGACAGACAAGAAGGUGCCGAAGGAACCGGAGCCAAGCUUUGAAAUUCUAUCGAAUCCGGCCCGCGUUAUGCGCCAGCAGCUCAAGGUGAUCAGUAUCGCGGAAGGAACGCCGUACAGCCCGCUGAAGGAUGUGACGAUUGGUGGCAUCGUGAUGAUGAAGCACACGGCAGGCGGUGAGCAACUGCUGGUGGAACCGGUUGCCGCGUGCGGUCCGAAGAACGAUGAUCUUAAAGAACCGGAAGCACCGGAACCGUUCGAGUACGUCGAAGAUGAUGCUUAAGGUUGGCCACUCCGUAGCACAGCCAACGGUGCGUUGUAUGUAAGUUUUUCGAUAUUGUAAGCUAAUUAUCUG